AUGGAAGCAUAUAGACAAGCAGGAAAGAGCUCAUGUUCUAAUUACUUAAACAAGUUGUUCUAUAAAUCACGCAGAGUCACUCAUCAGGUGCAAGGCAAAGCUCUACUUCCUAAGCGAGAACACAAUCUCGCUGGAAUGCAAAGAAUAAGUUCCUUGUCACAUGUCAGUCCCUUUUUAAAUGUAGCCCCGGAUAAACUACAAAAACGCUUUUGCAAACUUGCAAAAACACUUCAACUAUUACGUGGUUUCAUGGAAACGUUGCCCAGACCGAAAACGGCUCUUCCCGUUUCGAAUCCUAAUAACCCCAUUGUGUUUUUAGAUAUAACCAUCGGAGGGGUGGAUGCUGGAAGAAUUAAAAUAGAACUUUUUUUUGAUAUCGUACCGAAAACUGCUGAAAAUUUUAGGCAAUUUUGCACUGGUGAAUUUAAGAAAAAUGGAGUCCCACAGGGCUAUUUAAAUUCUCACUUUCAUCGUGUUAUUAAGUCUUUCAUGAUACAAGGAGGUGAUUUUAUAAAGGGAGAUGGAAGUGGCAUGACCAGCAUUUACGGGAGUAGUUUCCCCGAUGAAAAUUUCGAAGUAAAGCAUUCGGGACCCGGCCUUGUUUCUAUGGCAAAUAGCGGUGAAAAUACGAACGGAUGCCAAUUUUUUAUAACCUGUGCUAAAUGCGACUUUCUGGAUGGAAAACACGUUGUUUUUGGGAAGGUGGUUGAUGGUUUGUUAACUAUGAGAAAAAUAGAAAACGUUCCUGUAGGUGCGAAAAGUAAACCGAAACUUCCUAUUAUUAUUACUCAAUGCGGAGAGAUGUAG